UGUCGUCAGUUGUUGCGCCGUCGCUGCCUUGUCAUCAUCGUUUUUUAUUAAUUCGGUAGUUAGUGUGUCUGGGGUACACUAAUUACUUAGCAGAAAAUAAAAUCUGUUGAAACAUUUCAUUUGCUACACCUUUCACGAAAUUGAAAAGUUAAUACCGAUUUAAAAAACGCCUUGAUACAGUGCAAAAAUAGUAUGGACCACGGGUCUUGUGGUAAAAAGAAGCUACUGGAAAAAAUAAAUAUCUAUCAUCGUAUCGUUUUCAACAUUUUGCUCUCAUAAGCCACACAAUUUUCAACGUAGUAGAUCGUAGUUAAUUUUGUCUUAAAGAUAUUUUGUAUAAAAACUUUAAAAAGCAAUAAGAAAUACGAGACUUGUUGGUAAUUAAGUAAACGAACUCAAAAAAUUUCACACGAAGAUGAAAAUCGUGCCAAUAAGUUUUCUAAAACUGUUUUUCAUAUAAAAUUAAACAAAACUUCAUCCAAUCAAGUGCCUUAACUGGAAAUAACUAUACUAACUAUUUAAAACAAUCCGCAACUCAAAAUUACAGAAAAUAAGGCUUUAGUAAAAAUAUAACAGCAGCAAACAGCGGUAUCAACGAUAAAAUUAUAUAUAAAAGAAAAUAGCAAUAGUCGCAAAAAAGUAGAAUAAGAUUACGAAACUACAACACUGUGUACGGUUUAUGCCUUAUUUAUUGUAUGUUUUCAUAACUUCAAACAAAAGCAACAAAGAUAGUACCCAAAUUAAAAGAUAAAAUACCGUUUGUUGAAAGACGGGAAUUCUGUGAUAAACAGUGUUUCUAAAAUUGCCUUAAUAUAAAAAACGGAGGAACACAUGAUAUAGAAUAAUUAUAAAAAUAAAUAAAUAUUAUCCAAUCAUUACAAAAUAGUGCUUCCUUCGCUUGUCGUAGCAAAAAUCGUGAAGUGAAAGUUAUAUUAUUUCGUUCGCCAAAAGAAAGGAGUAAUAAUUAAAGCCAAAAACUAAUCCAAGAAACCAUAAUAUUAAAAAAAAUAAAAAUAAAUUUUUUUAUUUAAAAACUAAUACUAUAAAGUGUAUCAAAUUACCUGCGCUAACGACAAACACAUAAGGUGUUGACAAACACGUUAUCGCUUCUUCUUUAACUGCCAUCAUGGAUUCGCAGGGUUAUGAAAAUGCACGUAACAUGACACUGCUCUUUUUCCUUGAGCGUCUCAUGGACAAGGGUGAGGCGCGUACCGUUCACGACUUAUCCUGUCAGUUUGGUAACAAGGAGUUCACUAAGGAAAUGCGUCAGAUUGCGGGCGGUAGUCAAUCGGGUUUGAAAAAAUUACUCGCUCAGCAUCCGUCAAUAUUUCUUGUGGACGGCGACUAUGUAAAGGUGAAUACUUAUCAGCACGCUUCGGAGGACGAAAGCGGAUUUGGAGGUCGGCGUGAUUACAUUAAAGAGGCUAAAGACUACUUUAAAAACAAAAUGCUGCAGUAUGGCAUCGGUGUGGAGGUCCCAGUGCGCAGCCUGUUGGGGCAUCGUUCGCAAGCGUCGCCACAGGUGCGGCAUAUAUCAGGUCAACAUAUAAAGGAGUUCACCGAAUUUUUGCAAAAGCAUACGGACACGUUUAAAGUGGUCGACGAUCAUGUGAUGCUUGUGGGAUGUGAGGAUAUGACCGAUUUGCCGGCACAAGAGCGUCUUCAUUUGCCGCAGAGUAAUAUCGAUACGAAAGCUACUCAGCAGAUGUUGGAUUUCUUUGCGCAAUGUAUCGAGACGAAAGGCCCUAUUUUGGUGGAUCAACUAUUUCAUUUAUUGACGGCGCGCUUUCCACAAGAGCAAUGGUUGCGCAUGUUCAAAACGCCCAACGAUCUCUCGACCUUUCUCAAGCUCUUCUCUGAUUGUUUUCACAUACAAGCAAAUCUAGUCACGCUGCUGCAGAAGCCCAAAUUGAGUGAUUCCUAUAUACAGCAAGCGCAAGCGCGUUCGCGCGAACAAUACAACUCGAUGAACAACAACAUUAACAACAUGGCCGAGAAGAACCAGUCGCCACCACCGACACAGCCGGCGUUGAGCGCUGUACAACAACGUUUGCAAUCGCCAGCAUUGCGUAGCUUUGCCAAUAACAAUAACAUAAGCGCUUCAUCGCCACAAAGCCCAAAUCUGAACAACUUAAGCAACAACAACAAUAAUUAUAGCAUUACAUCACCGAAUUUUAAGCUAAAUGCGCCAGUAUCUAAUGUUUCCAGUCCGUCGGCUGCGUCGGUGGCAGAGAAUUCGGCACAGUCACGUUCCGAACCCAACUCGGGCUUUGACAGUUUCAUACAGAUGACAGACGUACAUCUAGACAACCUCUGUGAGCGCAAUUGUCCCAGCCCAAACACUUGCUCGUCUUACGGUCAAUCUGGCAACAACACUCCAGCGCCUGUCAACGGUCAAAGCAAUCUGAAUUUACUACAAAAUGUCGCCAUACCCACACAGGUGCCUACUGAGCGUCCCAACAGUCUUAACCAGACGCUAAAGCAACGUGUCAAUAAUUUGGUAAUACGCACAUUGGCCGAGAAUUAUGAAAAAGACAAACAAUCGCUGGCUAAUCAAGUGGGAAGUGCUCCCGUAGGUUACAACCCACAAAACUCUUCCGCGCAUUCAAGUCCUGUGCAUUCCAAUAAUAUCAACGCCACAAAUUCCAACCCCACUGCUACAGUCAACACGAAUAAUGCACCGCAUUCUCCUAGUCACAAUUACUUCGUAGGCGACACCUGGAAGAUCAAGGUGCUGCAGAACACCACAGUUAUUGCGAACGUAAAACAUUCCAUGUUUGUCACAGAAGCUAUGUUGAAGUUUGCGCAGAGCAAUCAGAGCAUAGUCAUAUCUUUGGACUGUGAAGGCAUCAAUUUGGGGUUGAAGGGCGAAAUCACACUCAUCGAGAUAGGUACAACUCGUGGGGAAGCUUUCAUCUUCGAUGUGCGCACAUGCCCUGAAAUCAUCAGCGACGGUGGCCUGAAGACAUUGUUAGAGCAUGAAAAUGUCAUCAAAGUCAUACAUGAUUGCCGCAAUAAUGCUGCGAAUUUAUACCAGCAAUUUGGUAUACUCUUACGCAAUGUCUUCGACACGCAGGCAGCGUAUGCUACUGUGCAGUACCAAGAGACAGGCAAACAGGUAUACAAGGCGAAAUACAUCUCAUUGAACACACUAUGCGAGCAGUACAAUGCGCCUAUCAAUCCAAUCAAGGAACAACUCAAGCAGAUUUACCGUCGCGAUCAAAAGUACUGGUCUAAGCGACCACUAUCACGUGAUAUGCUGCUUUAUGCGGCCGGCGAUGUGUUGGUUUUAAUAAACGAUCAGCUCUAUGGCAACUUAGCAAGACAAAUAAAACCGGAGAAUCGACAGCUAUUCUCUGAGCUCUGCACCGAACAAAUACUAAUACAAAUCAAACCCAAUGAGGUGAAAAUACGGAAGAAACAACGUAAAGUAACCACCGAGGUCGCUGAUCUCAAACAGAAACUGGAGCAGUCUAACAAAAGUAUAGUGCUGUCGAAUCGUGAAAUUCGCUUAUUACGCUACAUGGACUUGACUGAGGAGGAAAAAGACCGUCUAAAGCGUAACAACAAUAAAGUCGCAAAGAAAUUCGAGAAAAUGGAAUCGGCAGGCAAUCAAACUAGAGAUCAAAGUGAUUCAGAGGAUGAGCAAGAACCCAUUGAAAAUGAUAACUUCCCAAGCCUCGACUCAGUGCCAUCAGAUAACUCAUUAACGGGUACAUUUUCACCACGCUUCAACUCUGAGCCACCCAGCUUGGCUGAGUCAAUGCAAAUGAUGGAUGAAAUUUUGUCCGAUCAGUCCAUGGAUCGUGUGGUGAAAUUGGAUAAACUAGAAGCGAUAUUGUCAGCUGUUACUCAAAUGCCAAAUGAUCAAAUUAUAACUUCCAAUGCGAUACAGGAUCAAUUGGGCUCCAGCAUAUCAGCCACAGACAGCGUGCAAAUUAUAAGGGAAAAAGUCAAAAAUGCUAAAAACUGCAGUUGCAAUUGUGAACGUAGCACUACACCAACAAUGCGCAUAAGUAACAAUGAAAAGAAGACUGUGAAAUUGGUCGACGCUGCAUCUCAAACUCUUAGCACUGGCGACAUCGUCAUAACAAAGAUAUUCUUCCAAGAUGAACAAGGAAAACCCAAGGAGAAAGUGUUGACCUCAUCCCCAAAACGUAUCGCGGCAUCACCGAUUACCCAGUCAACAGCGACGGCCACAGCAUCAACGUGAACUAAGGACUUCGCAGAAUAAUGAGCUCAGCUUUGUUUUACUUAAAUCAUUUAGCAAAUGUAAAAAUGGCAGCUAUGUAAACUAAGUAGUAAAACUAUUUUGGGCAAUAUCUAAAUAAACAUAUCAAAAUUAAAGCAGUCAUUUCAACGACAUGAAAAUAUACCCAACCCACUUGCAAUAUAUACAUACACAUACAUAUGUACACAUUAAAGUUUUGUACUAAUUGCUAAGCGUAAAUUGUUAGAAACACUCAUCUUCUACUUGUGUGUACGUAUUUAUAUUUUAUUAUAUAUUUUAUUAGAAUUUGUAUUAUCUUAUCAAUAUUAUAUUUUUCCUUUUUUUAAUUUAAAGCGUAAAAUGCGCAAAAGUUUAUUUAACACAUUUAUUACUUUAAGUUUGUUAAAUUUCCAAACGGCAAACCAUUGGUAUAUAAGUAGGUAUUCACCUCAAUUAAAAGACUAAUUAAGCCGUACUUGAAAGCUGCUAAUUUGUGUACUUUUGAAAUGAGUAAAAGCUUAAGCUAUGUUUUGUAUGCUUAGACCCAUUUGUAAAUACCUAUGAUCAUAAAUAUACAGUGUCUGCCCGUAUUAUGCGUAGACCAAGUAAUUAACUUUUUUUAUUAUAAUGCAAACAAUUUAGCUAAAAUAUGUAAUAAAUAAAAUAUAAGUAUAAACCAGCAAUGUUUGGUGAAGGGUUAACGAAACUGACGAGUAACACUAUUGUGCUAUCAAGCAUUUGCUUUUCCAAUAUAAGAAAAUUAUAAAAUACAAGCGUAAUUAUUAACCCAAAGUAGUGUUCAACAAGGUAAGCGACAUACAUAUGUACAUGUAUGUUUGUGCAUAUCUGCUUAUUUUUGCAUCUUUGGAACUCGGUUCUCAUAGGCAAAAUAUGAGAAUUUGAUGUUGAUGAACAGGUGCGAUAGCAUAAAUAUAAACGAAAAUAUGUUGAUAUAAAUAUAGUACAUUUUAAAGAAAAUAUGCUUUAUAAGUUUUAUGUUCUUCGUAAAAGAAGCAAUUACGCGAUAUGAAACGAUGUAUCACUUAUAUUACAAGCAUUGAAGGAACAUUUCGAGCUAAGAAUUGUAUGUGCUGACAUGUUGAAAGCAAAACAAAACACUAUUGUAACUCCUAGCCAAGAUAUGCACUACGAGCAAUUCGAAAAGCAUUGUUUGAAAACAUGUUUGCUCACUCAUAAAGAUUUUGUUAUCUACAUAAAUAAUUGUUCCGCUUGCCUUUAAUUCUGUUAUAUUAGAAAUUAACUAAACUUUCGUGGCAAUCACAUGUAUGUAUGUGCAAAAUUAUAUGCUACUGUAAACAAUUAAAGACAUACUAUAUACAUAUGUAAUUCCUUAUUGUUGCACAUACAUGAAAACAACUAAAGACCCAUUCACAAAAAACUUUUCAUGCUUUGCGUCAUAAAAAUGGUGACUGUGGCUUGUAAAAGCGUAACAAGAUGAGAGUUGUUUGGCUUUACGUGGAAAAUUUUUUAUGGGAACGUACACCCGUAAAAUAAGGUGGUACAUCGAACUUUUCUGUCAAAACAAAUGUCAGACGCAAAGCGAAGCAAAAGUUCUAUGUGAAUUGGUCAUAAUAAAUUAUAUUAUAACUAUAUAUUUGCAUAUGUAUACUUUGUAUACAUUACUAUAUUAAAGUCAAGUUUGAUUUGGUGUUGUGACAAUAUGAAAUGUUGCAACUCUUUAGGAGUCGGAUAAAGGAACUCCAAAAUUAUACACAUUAGUACUAACAUCAGAACUCUAAUAAAGUAUUCAAUCAUGUUUUUUGUUAGUUUUACUAUUAAAAGUUUAUGAAAAGGCUAAUUUACGUAAUCGCUUUCUUCAUAGCCAUAUUAACUGAGUUACUAUAAAAAAUGAAUUAUUGUUACAGAUUUAAAUUCAAAGCAUUUGCAACAAGACAAAAUGAAAAACAAUGAAUAUAUAUGUAUAUACAUAUAUAUACAAUAAUGAAAUAUAGAGUACAUAUAUUAACGUUGCAAUUAUUGUUAUAUAAUGCUGAUAUUUAAUCUUGUAUUACAGGCAUACUCAUCUACAUUAACAAAGUACGCAUGCAAAAUUAUUAACUUGCUUAUGUAUAAUAUAAUAUGCUUAUUUGAUUCUGGCUCAACGAGUUGUAAUCUACAUAUAAUAAUGUAUACAUAGAAGUAUUUAAAGCUUAAGCGUUUUUUUUUCUCAAAAACAAAUACAUAUGUAAGCACAUUCAUGCAGCCAUAUGUAUGUAUGUACUUCAUUUUUACCUAUACUAUACUAUAUAUGUAUAUACAUAUGUAUAUAUAUAUAUAUAUAUAUAUAUAUAUAUAUAUAUUUAAACGAACCUAUGGACGAAAUGUGUGAAUUAAACAUGUACAUAUGAAUAAUGUGAGGAUACUGGAUAAUAUUAAACAAUUUAAUUAUACUUACACAUAUAGUAAAAAAAAAAUAAAAAUAAAAAAGCCUA